UUCCCCGCCAGAGAUGAAAGAUAGUYCCGACCCUCCUCGAAAGAAAGCCUUCGCAGAUCCUGCUCCGGAGCCGCAGGCAUGGACGUCACAAAAGCUCCCAAGAUCAUUGUAUCGACUGGCCGUCGGAUCCUCACCAUCGGCUUUGCCUUACUCAUACUCUCCGUCCUGGCUUGGGCAUACAUCACAGGGAUCCAACUGGUUUCUGACCAGUACCACAUCAUGGCGUUUGGUCUUUACGGCGCCUUUCUCGCAUGCCAUCUUGUCAUUCAGAGCUUCUUUGCCUUUCUGGAGCACAAAAAGAUGAGGAGGGACUCACUGAAAUGCAGCUAUACAAAGACAGUGGCUCUCACCAUCUCUGCUUAUCAGGAGGAUCCGGCUUACCUUCGGGAGUGCCUUCAGUCCGUCAAGGGAACCUUAUAUCCCCCUGACAAGCUCCGGGUGAUCAUGGUGAUAGAUGGCAACAGCCCUGAUGACCGGUACAUGAUGGAUAUGUUCGAGGAAGUCUUUGCAGAAGAGGACGUGGGCAGUUUUAUCUGGGAUAACAACUACCACCACCAACCUCACCUGGAUGUGGAUGAAGGGGACAGUGGCUACCAGGCUGGGGAUGAGCCAUCCCUCUAUAGUGAAAUAGACAUGGAUGACCCCGGGCAACUGGUCGUAGAAGAGCUAAUCCGGACUAAGAGAUGUGUCUGCAUCAUGCAGAAAUGGGGCGGGAAGAGGGAAGUCAUGUACACAGCUUUCAAGGCCCUGGGGAACUCAGUGGACUAUGUCCAGGUUUGUGACUCAGAUACUAAACUGGAGCCACAGGCGACAGUGGAACUGGUGAAGGUGUUGGAGUCAAAUGAACGCUAUGGGGCAGUUGGUGGGGAUGUGCGGAUCCUGAACCUCUCUGACUCCUACAUCAGCUUCAUGAGCAGCUUGCGCUACUGGAUGGCCUUCAACAUUGAGCGUGCCUGCCAGUCUUUCUUCAACUGUGUCUCCUGCAUCAGUGGCCCUCUGGGCUUGUAUCGGAAUGACCUCCUGCAGCAGUUUCUGGAGUCCUGGUACAAUCAGAAGUUCCUUGGAACCCAUUGUACGUUUGGGGAUGAUCGGCACCUCACCAACAGGAUGCUGAGCAUCGGCUAUGCCACCAAAUACACUGCUCGCUCCCGCUGCUACUCAGAGACCCCGUCCUUAUUCCUGCGUUGGCUGGCACAGCAAACCCGUUGGACCAAAUCCUACUUCCGGGAGUGGCUCUACAAUGCCCUCUGGUGGCACCGUCACCACUUAUGGAUGACCUAUGAGUCUGUGGUCUCUGGCAUCUUCCCCUUUUUCGUCACAGCCACCGUCCUACGGCUCUUUUAUGGGGGAAACCUGUGGGACAUACUGUGGGUGCUACUGUGUGUCCAGUUGGUGGCCUGCGUGAAGGCCCUUUACGCCUGCUGGCUGAGGGGAAACUUCAUCAUGAUCUUCAUGUCCCUCUAUGCCGUGCUCUACAUGGGCGGCCUGCUCCCAGCUAAAUACUUUGCCAUUGUGACCAUGAACAAGAGCAGCUGGGGCACCUCGGGCCGGAAGAAAAUGGUGGGGAACUACAUGCCUCUGCUGCCUGUUUCUAUUUGGGGUCUGCUCCUUUUGGGAGGCCUGAUCUAUACCAUCUACUUGGAGGCCUUAGCUGAUUGGACAACGGACGCCAAGCAAACCGAGAUCUGGUACCUUCUCAUUGGUUCGGCCAUCUACCUGGGCUACUGGACAUUCAUGAUCAUGCUCUAUUGGGUGUGGGUUCGGAAGUGCUGCCGGAAAAGAGUGGAUUUCUACAGUGUUGAGGUGUGAAAUGGACAGAGAGAAAGGGCUGGGCAACUUGAUAUCUAUACCUGGCCACUACUGGACAGGUGAAGACUGGGAAUUGGGAGUCUUAGUUUGUUGACAAAGUUCUAGCCUAGGAGGAGCUUCUCAUGGAGUUUGUGAUUGAGGAUGGCCCCCUCUUCCUUGCUUCCCCUAUAGUCAGUAGAGGUGAAGUCUAGGCUCCUUGAGUUCUCUUMCAGAAGCCAAGUUCUGAAGAAGCCUCAAAACUGGUGGAAGGCUCCUGGAAGAUGAUGGUAUCUCAGGAAAGGGURUCUGUUUCACCCAACUGACGGAGAGAAGCUCCUAGUUACCCCUUCUCUCUCAUUUCUGCACCCGGGAAACAUUUCUGACCUCAGUUUAUUUAUUAGUAUUCAAUGUUCUCAUUCAGGGAGCACCAGCAUUGUCUUCUUUCAYUUCUGAGACAUGGCAUUGCUGCUGUGGGGAAAAUAUAGGGAUCUGCGCUGCACAAGACCCGGUCUCAUUGCACUGAAUGCCAGGACACUUCUGAGUCGGAGCAGAGCGGCCACUCAACUGAGCGAAAGAGACUCAGACUUUGCAGAUGUUCCACUGAAGUUUGCAAAAGGUUGGAGAAGUGGAGGAAAAAACUCUUACUUCUCUAGAAUGGGAGUCCUGGCCUAUACAAUGACUUUACUUCUCUCUCUCUCUCUCUCUCUCUCUCUCUCUCUCUCUCUCUCUAUUUUUUCUCUCUCUUUCUUUUCUGAAAAAAGUAAACAAAGGCAUUGUGCCUUAUCUUGCCUUAUGGACACUUGAGGUUUUACAAAGCAUAGGUUUACAGUUGGGCAACAGAAAUGGGGAAAUCCUACCUUGCAUUUUUUUUCCCAACCUGGAAAGAAAGAUAACACUGGUCAGUUUCCCCAUCACCUCUUUCUUACUAUAAUGAGUAAGGGGGGGAAUCCGUUUCAUGCAAGAAAAUGAAGGCAUCCAAAGUUAUUUAUUUGUCCUAUUUUAAUAAUUAAAAAAGUCUAUUUAAUGGUUUCUUUAAGGAAAAAAGGAAAAAAAUAGUUGA